UACAUCCUCUCUCACUCACUGCAAGCAAUUGUGUGCAGCAAUUGUGAGGAGGAUUGUUGCUUUGCAUUGCAUUGCAGACCAGGUUUAGGGUGUAGGUCACUUGAUUCUCUCUCGCUCUCACUCUCUCUGCCAGACCCAGUUCAAUCACCUUUCGUGUUCCUCAUUUAUCACAAUUCCUGUUUCGAUGCCUUUUUGGCUUCGUUCUCCAGACACAGUACAAUCUCGGGUUUGAUGCUUGUGAUUAGGGUUUGUGAAUGCGAUGGUAGUUUCAGAACUGGGAUUUUGCGAAUCGGAGAUGGAAGUUUUGUAGCAGAGGCUCCGUGUCUGGUUGUGCGGUUGAGGGGUACAAGCUACAAUACGGUUUUUUGAGUUUUCUGAUUUCUGUUUUCUUUUUUCUUUUCUUUUUUUCUUUUUUUUUUUUUUUUUUUGAGGGAAUUGGAUUUCCAAGUAAAAGGGGGUGGUGGGGAGGAGAGCCAUGGCGAUGCAGGCGAGCCUUGGAGCCACUAGGUUUGUGAUUCUGGUUGGAGCGGGUCUUGCGGGAUCGGUGCUGAUUAAGAACAACAAGCUCGGUGACUUUCUCGGAGACCUUUCUAGGGUUUUGUCGAAGCAUUUUAAAGAGGGAGAGAAUGGAGAUGGGAGAGCAAGCGAUGCGGCCCUUCAUCUGCAGGUCCGGAAACUUACACAAGAAUUGCGUAAUCUAGCGUCUUCCUCUGGGACUGUGACCGUCGUGCAAACCGGUUCUGGCUCAGGAAUUUCGAUCACGUCAUUCAUCUUGCCAGCUGCCAUGGUUGGGGCUGCAAGUUAUGGUUACAUAUGGUGGAAAGGCUUCUCGUUUAGUGACAUAAUGUAUGUGACGAGGAAGAGCAUGAACAAUGCUGUGGCAGGAGUAGGCAAACAACUAGAACAUGUCUCUGCCGCGCUUUCGUCAACUAGGAAGCAUAUGAACCAAAGGCUGGACGAUGUGAGCAACAAGCUCAACGAUAGUGUAGUCAUUACAGGGUUAAUCAAGGAUCAGGUGGAAGAGGUGAAAGGCACGGUUGAGAGAAGUAUUUACGAAAUCGAGAACGUCAACCGUAAAAUGGAGGGGCUAGGGUUGAAGAUUGACGAGGUUCAGGAGAGCCAGAAUUUUGCCAAUCAAGGUAUUUACUUGUUGAUUGAGUGGGUGCAUCGUCUUAACCUCGUCGGUCCCGCGCAGCAUCCAGAGCUUGCGCAGAGCUUCCAAUCAUGGUACUUGAAAGCCAAUAGCUUGGAAAGAUCCUCAUCAUCUCCUGCUGCCAUUACUCCCCCGGGUCUGAAGCAGUUUUUCUCACAGACCCUGGAACCCCUGCCCGUGCCGCCGUCGAAUGGUAACUUUGGUGAGGUGACACCCUUGAGGAACACUGGCGAGUCUAGACCAGCUGGCUUGAAUAUGCCCAGCCCUGGCUUGGGAUUGUCCAGCAAUUCGACUCCGAGCACUGGCAAUUCAAGGACGUUGUCUGCAUCCGUUGUAUCAUGGUCGUCUCUCCGGCGGAACUCUGGUCUUUCCGGCUUUUAUGGUUAGCCCAGCAUCAAUUUUAAAUCAUAAUUUGUUUCGAGAGGGUGUAUAUCUUGAGCUUUAGUUUACAGCAAUUUUUCUCCGUCUUGAUUUUGCAGGAUAGUUACACAUCUCUUCCCAUUUCUUCUUUUAGUUUCUCACAGGAAGUAAAAAUAUCAAAAAAUAUUAUCUCAAUUAAGCAGCGGGUGGAGAAUUUCUCUUCUUUACGGACCUUAAUUCUCUUUUUCUGGGUUUUAGUUUCAGAAGAAUUUGAAUGUACCAGUCUUGUAUUAGACGUAGAUUUCUCCCUUGUCCCCAAGUGCUGGAUUGAAUUUUUCUAAGUGGCAUUGGUCUAGAAGAAUGUGACUUCCAUUAAAGGUCAGCAGAAUUUUCAGGAGGUUCUGUCUGUGGACAUAGUUCUCCUAUGAUUAAGGUAUGUACAAUGACACACAUUGCGAGAAGGAUAUGUUGCAGUUUGUGCAACUGAUCAACCGUGAAUCUUACCAAUG